AUGGAUAAUUGUGACAGUCCUCCAGCUUCUCCAAGCUUUGCAUAUUUAACAGAACCGAUUGAUAAAAAUCUUGAAUGUGCAAUAUGUUUACAACGUUUGAGAGAUCCACGCGCUCUCCCAUGUCAACAUGUUUAUUGUUUGGAUUGUCUUCAGUCAUAUGGCCGAAAAAAUCUUGAAAAUCGUACACAAACAAUUAGAUGUCCAAUAUGUAAUCAAACAGUACCAUUUUCAUCUGCUGAUAAAUAUCCGGCAUCCUACAUUCAUCGUAAUUUACUCGAAUUAAAACCAAAAGAUUAUCAUAUUCUAGCGAAAUGUACAAAGUGUUUUGAAAAAACUCAAUUACAGGUAUGCAACUGUUGUGAUUAUCUAUUAUGUACAUGUUGUUAUAAUGAACAUCGUCAAUUAAUCUAUGAUAAUAUUGAACUUGUCACACAAACAUGUCAAUAUCGUUUAAAAUGUAUUCAACAAACAAAAAAUCAAUUAAAAAUAACAAAACAAUCAUCGUUGUCAACAAUAAAACAAGUUGAAACGGCAUAUGAAAAUUUAGAACGAAAAAUAGCUGACUAUAAAAAACAUGUUUUACAACGUUUAUAUAAAUAUAAUAAUAAUCUCAUCGAUAUAUUUUGGUCAAAAUUAAAUUUAUCAUCGAUCGAUUCUAUCGAAAAAAUUUUAAAACAAGCUGAUGAUUUAUUGAAAACAAAAAACGAUCAACAACAAAAAUUUGAUGAUGUAUUAACAGUCUAUUAUUCAUUAAUGUCGACCGCUGAACAGUUAGAACAUGCGAGCACGUUGAUUAAUACGUAUGAUUUAAAGAAAUUAUUGAAAAGUGAUAUACAAUUAUGUGGACAAGGUUUACCACAAAUGAAAAUCUAUAUUAAAAAGUUUGAUGAUAAUGAAAAAGAUGAAGAAGAAAUUACAUUGUUACCACCAGUAUUAUUAUUUGAUGGAAGUUCAUCGAGUACAACAGUUAGUUCGUCAUCAACUAGUUCAUCUACCUCAACAACACCAAUUGAUAUUAAUAGACAACGACGAAAAAAACAUGAACCAAAACGUUAUAUAGUUUCUCAGACUGAGGAUGAUGAGGAGGAAUAUGUGGAGAAUAAUCAAGAAUACUUACCCAUAUUAAAAAAAUUGAAAAUUGAAUGUGAAGUUUUAACAAGGAAUAUGUUUGAUUUACUACCGGCAUCCGAAAGCACAGUAAUACCAAAUAUGUUACCGUCACCAACAUUAUCAUCGAAUGCUUCGGUGGAAUUUUUAGAGUCAAUAUUGAACGAUGAUAGAUUAGAUGAGGAGGAAGAAGAAAGCGGUGACGAUGAUGAUGUAGUCUAUUUAGAAACAACAACAAAAAAUGACACUGCUACGAUUAUGGAUACAGAAAUAACAGAUAACUUUGAUUUAUUAUUUCAACCAGCAUCUUAUUAA